AGCAUUAUAUACGUACCUUUUUUAAAUACGGGCUAAUUAUCUGAGCGUCAAAAUAGCCCUACCUAAUGAUACCAACAAGCUCCACCAUACUUUUUGUUCCCAGUUCAUCAUGUGGCAUGUUGGUUCUACUGGUCGAUAAUGGCCUACUCUGGCCCUUCGUCGAGGUCGUCAUCGACAACUUCGAAAGGAUGAACAUCAACACUAAAAAAUGUGUCAAACGCAGUGUGCUGUGAUGUGCAGGCAACUGCUACGUCAUUAAUAUAGUACUAAGUCAAUUAGAGUUGGGUUGAUGAUAUCUAGAAACACGUAGUAAUUGCGUCGUGUAUUCGAUGCAUACCGUCACAACUACGGAAUGAAAUUUUCAAAGAUGAAGACACCUCCAGGUUUCACUCACCUCCAUGUAUUAGACCACCUUUUGAAACCCUGCCAUAAAUCAUCACCCACGCUAAAAAUGACCUACAAAUCCAGUGAGAAGAGCUUCAACCCUCAGGGCUCUGGAGAGUCCUCCAAAGGGUCCAAAUCGCUAUCCUCCAUCCUUGAACAACUCCAAAGUCUUGAACUGGGGGACCCAAAACCCUCGUCAAAAUUCAUCGACACAACGGAAAGUCUAGCCGAGCUCCUAGACAGCCUACACGAUCUCCCAACGAGUCCACAGCCCUCAAUAUACGUCGAUAUGGAAGGCGGGAGCCUGUCUCGCAAUGGCACCAUAUCUAUUCUGCAGAUGUACAUCUCACCACGGGAUGAAGCUGCCCUAAUUGACGUCCACAACCUCCAGAAUAAGGCUUUCUCCCACGCAUCUUCCAAAGGCUGGACUCUGCGAAAAGUCCUCGAGGACCCAUCAAUCAUGAAAGUAUCCUUUGACGUGCGAAACGACUCCGACGCACUGUAUAGACGCUUCAACGUGCGUCUGGCCGGGGUUCACGAUCUUCAGCUCAUGGAGCUGGCAAGACGCUCCAGCAGCAAGCGAUACUUGUCUGGUCUGGCAAAACACAUUGAGAGUCAUGCUCGCCUGAACGGGUUCGAGUUGGAGAAGUGGAAAGACGCAAAGUUUGAUGGGAGAAAGUUGUUUGAGCCCCAGUUGGGAGGGUCCUAUGAGGUAUUCAACGUUCGGCCGCUGCCUGAUGAGGUCAGAGAAUAUUGCGUGUUGGGUGUACGGUCUCUGCCGAAGCUAUGGAGACUGUAUUAUUUGGGGUUAACUGGAUCUUGGUACCAACGAGCUCUGGAAGAAGCUGAGAACUAUAUUAGAGAGACCCAGGCUCCCGAAUACGUGUCUAAUGGGAGGUCCAAGGUGUUAGGGCCUGUGGGAUGGUGAUGGCAUGGAUUCGGUUGGACACCAAAAUCGCCGAGUUUGCAGGAGAUUGAGAGCCUCUAC